CAUCUUCCAGCUGAAGUGAUCCCUGGACUCUAACACAACUAAUUUCAAGAAUCAGCCAAGAAAAAAUGAAAAACUUACUUAAGUUGAAUCUCUUUCUGCUCUGCAUAGGAACUGCCAUAGCUCUCCUUUGUUACCAAUGCAGUAAAUUCAAAGAAAAUUUCUGUGAGCAUGAGUUGCGGGCAUGCGAAGCUGUAGAAGGCGAAUCGUGUAUGAUCCGGAGAUACUGGAGUUUCCCAUACUCUUAUUUCAUGCCAAUGAGUGCAGAAUCCAAUUGUGUGAAAGAUUGUGAAGAGAAAUUGGAAAUUGUUUUUGCUGAUUCAAAACAGACAUCAUGCUGUAGUAAUUACAAUUUUUGCAAUGACAUUGAGAAUCUGAAUAUUAAUCCUUAAUUUGAGAGAGUUUCAUCAAGUCUCAACAUUUCCAUCCUUUCUUUCA